UCAAUGUUCUCCAGCUAUGAGACUGCUCUUCACCAGCUCCCUCUCUGCAAAUAAACUCAUAAUUUUUUCUCACCAAUCCAAUUCCUGUUUUGGUAAUGUGUCGUCGUGCUGAGGGUCUAUCGGAAACAAUCUCUCUACCCCACAAAGGUAGGGGUAAGUAUGUUUGAGCAGUUUUGUCAAACGCUUGGUUGAGGUGUGCUAAAGCCCUGAAGUUCGAUACAACACAAAGUGAAGGAAACAUUGUUUAGAUGGCGCCUUAGAACGCCAAGCGUUAAGGUUAAACUGAUCGAUUUGGCAGUUGCUAUUAAAUCGACACAACAAAAAAAAAAAAAAAAAAAAAAAAAGAAAACAAUGCCGAGCAAACCAAGAGUUGCGAAAGCAUUUCGUGCUAUGAAAGAUAUCGGAAUCUCCCAAGAAAAGGUGAAGCCAGUCUUAAAGAGACUUAUAAAAUUGUAUGACAAGAACUGGGAGCUUAUUGAAGAAGAGAAUUACAGAGCACUUGCAGACGCUAUAUUUGAGAAAGAGGAGGCAGAGGCAACAGAAAGUAAGAAGCCUGAGAAUACUGAACGAGAAGAGGUUUCAGAGGAAGAAGUGGAUGAGGAGCCUGAAAGACCCUUAAAGAGAUUGCGAUUAAGGCAUCAAGAAGUUCAAGCUUCAUCUUCUGCUAACAAUUCUAGUUCUGUUUCAGCUGGAACUAAUUCCCAGGGUCGCUCACAAGACCCUCAGCUGAAUAUUAGAAGUGCAGCAGCUGAGUCCCAAUCUGUCCCAUGUCUGACGUAUGUUAGAAACAAAGGAAAGCAACCAGUCUCACCUAAUAGUGCUGACAGAUUGGAGAAUAAUGCUAAUUCUCGGCAGAAUCAUGUCAAAGGGAAGGAAACUCAAACACCUCAAAUCAUGUCCGGGGAGAAAAGCUUAGUCAUCAAAGAGCCAAACUCUGAGCCUGGCAUCGACCUGUCCCCAAAACAGAAGAUGUUGGGUACUCAUGCUUUUAUCAAGCCUAAGGAUGAACCAUAUACCGUUGAUCUGCCACAGUUUGAAGUUCCUUUUGCUGUUAUUCACCCUGAGCCAUCAUACAACAAAGGUUCUUCAAGUGGUAAUGCCUCAACAAAACAGCCAGAAACUUCUGAAACCUCAGCAACGGAACUGAGAAGCAGAAGAGAAGCAGAUAAGGACUUUCCAACUUCAUCAAAUGGACUGGCAACAAGUCAUGAACUAGAUAUUGCCUCCUCGACUUCUGGAGAGGUUAAAAUCACUAUAGAUUGUGAUGCGGCUUUUGGUAGAUCAGACUUCCAUUUGCCUAGUCUAGAGGCUGUUCUGAAGUUGGUGGAGGAUAAAUAUCUUAAACCAUACAAAGCCCUGGACCCCUACUUUUCUGUGCCGAAGCUGAUGAAAGACAUGUGCGAGUGCUUUUUGGAGCUGGGAACUCAGUACAAUCAUGAAUUGCAAGAAACUACAAAUGUGGAUGCAGAAAAUGAUAUUGGUUAUAGAAGCAUGGCCCUAGUUCCUUCUAAUGGAUCUAUAAAUUUAGAACUUGAUUCUGGGGAGGCUCAACCCAAGAAAUCACAGCUGCCUCCUCCUUGUAAUGGUCACACCUAUAGUGCUCCAGAUAUUGAUCAGAGUAUUCUUGAACAUGAUAACUCUCAGAGUCCAGUGGCUCUGUGUGGAUCUAAAGAUUUAGAACUUGAUGGUGGGGAGGCUCAACCAGAGAAACAACAGCUCCCUCCUCCUUGUAAUGGUCACAACAACAGCACCUCAGCUGAUCAAAAAGAAUCUUUGGAGAACUGUGGUAGUGCACCAGAGAUUGAUCAGAAUAUUCUUGAACAUGAUACUUCUCAGAGUCCAGUGGCUCUGUGUGGAUCUAAAGAUUUAGAACUUGAUGGUGGGGAGGCCCAAUGUAAUGGUCACAACAACAGCACCACAGCUGAUCAAACUGAAUCUGUGGAGAACUGUGGUAGUGCUCCAGAGAUUGAUCAGAAUAUUCUUGAACAUGUUAGUUCUCAAAGUCCGGUGGCUCUGUGUGAAUCAACUCAAGAUGAAACAGGUACUUGUGUUGUUACAGAUAUAACCAAGGGGCAAGAGAAGGUUAUGAUUUCAUUGGUGAAUGAAGUUAAUGACAAAAGUCCGCCAUCCUUUCACUACAUUGCUCAUAAUGUGGUUUUCCAGAAUGCAUAUCUGAACUUCUCUUUGGCUCGUAUUGGAGAUGACAACAGUUGUUCAACUUGCUCUGGUGAUUGUUUGUCACUGUCCACACCUUGUGCAUGCGCAUAUGAAACUGGUGGUGAUUUUGCAUAUACAAAAGAAGGUCUUGUUAAAGAGGAGCUUCUUAAAGAGAGUAUUUCUAUGAAUCGUGACCCCAAGAAACACUGCCAAUUCUUUUGCAAAGAAUGCCCAUUGGAAAGAUCGAAAGAUGAGGAUAUUAUCGAACCUUGUAAAGGUCAUCUAGUGAGGAACUUCAUCAAAGAGUGUUGGUGGAAAUGUGGCUGUGAUAGACAGUGUGGGAACCGUGUGGUGCAGCGAGGUAUUAGCCGCAAGUUACAGGUGUUUAUGACUCCUGAUGGGAAAGGAUGGGGCUUACGUACCCUUGAGGACCUUCCGAGAGGUGCUUUUAUUUGCGAGUAUGUUGGAGAAGUUCUUACCAACGCAGAACUCUUUGAUCGCGUUUCACAAAGCCCCAACAGAGAGGAACAUUCUUAUCCCGUGCUGCUUGAUGCUGAUUGGGGUUCAGAGAAUGUCUUGAAGGAUGAAGAGGCCCUUUGUUUGGAUGCGACAUUUUUCGGGAAUGUAGCCAGGUUUAUCAAUCACAGAUGUUUUGAUUCAAAUAUGGUUGAAAUACCAGUUGAAAUAGAGACUCCAGAUCACCACUACUAUCAUCUUGCCUUUUUCACUACAAGAAAGGUUAAGGCAUUGGAAGAGCUCACUUGGGAUUAUGGUAUUGAUUUUGAUGACCAUGAACAUCCAGUAAAAGCAUUUAAAUGCCAGUGUGGUAGUAAGUUCUGCCGAAAUAUGAAACGUCCAAGAAGAACCAGAGCAAGGAGAGGAUGGUGAUUAUUUCCGAAUAACUUAUGGCUGAUUUCUGGCCUUGGGGUGAUCAAGAAAGCUGUUAUGACCGUAACUUCGAGGACUCCAGGAGGGGUUCUGGUGAACUUGUGCAUUUGUGUACACUGCAGAAGGGUAACAUAAUGGUAGUUGCAGAUUAUAUGGCGAAUAAGCUAGAUCUGCUGCCUCUCUUGUUGUAUAUGUAGGAUUUUCGGUUCAUUUGAUUAGAUGCUGGAGGACUUUGCUUUUGUUGCCCACGCAUGGGUACCAUGGCAUAAUGUGGUCUAGGCCAUGCGAUUAGCCUGAAGACGCUGAACUUGCCUUUUAAACUCUCAUUCGUAUGCUUGUAACUGUAGCUUGCCCAGUUCUUUCCA